GGGGACCACCUGAGCCUGCAGUGCCCGCGGCACUCCUCCAUCAGCGUCCAGUCGGCCUUCUACGGGCAGGACCACCGAGCGUGCAGUGGCCGGGGCCCGGCCGCCCAGGGCGGGGACAGCCUGACCUGCGUGGCGCCCACCACCUUCCAGAAGGUGUUGGACGAGUGCCAGGACCAGCGCGCCUGCCGCCUCCUGGUCAACAGCCGGGUGUUCGGGCCGGACCUCUGUCCAGGGAGCAGCAAAUUCCUCCUGGUGUCCUUCAAGUGCCAGCCGAAUGAACUGAAAAACAAGACGGUGUGCGAGGAACGCUCUCGCUGCCGUUCCCCUGCAGACUGCUUGUCCUACUCGGCGUCCCACGUGCUGGCCCGGAGGUGCUACGGGCGGCAGAGAUGCCGGGUCCUCGUCGACGACCACGACUUCGGGAGCCCCUGUCUGCCCGGAGCCAGGAAGUACCUCACCGUCGCCUACGCCUGCGUGCCCAGGAGCAUUCUCACAGCGGUGGACCCCGCCCUCGCUGACCAGGACCCUUCCCUGAGGCAGGAGGACGAGGACGGCGGCCACGGUAACGCCGACCCCAGCGAGUGGCGGGGCCCGAGGAAGGACGGGGUCCUGGUCAGCAGCUCCCUGGCAGCCUUCGCCUACAUCAGAGGUGGGUCAGCGGGCGGGGGGGCGAGGGGGCGCCCCCAGGGAGCUGGGGAGUCACUGGGUUCCUCGGAGGACAGCGAGGACACAGAGGGGAGCGAGGACUCCUCCGCCUCCAGCUUCCCCGGGGAGCUGUCGGGGUUCCGCAGGACUCCGUACCCCGCGUACACGUCCAUCGAGGCCGCGGAGCUGGCGGAGAGGAUCGAGCGCAGGGAGCAGAUCAUCCAGGAAAUAUGGAUGAACAGCGGCCUGGACGCGUCGGUGCCGCGGAGCGCGGGCCCCUUCUACUGAGCGCGGUGCCGGCCCCGGCCUGGCUCACUCGUACCUUCUGUGAAGGAGACUCCGUGGCGUCACCGGACCUGGAAAAGCCGGACACGACCACAGGACCUUUCCGGUGUCCGCAGCACAUUCCUCAUAAACCGGAGGGCGGCUUCGAUUUCCGUAUUUAUUGAGGUUCCCGUCUACACGGUGACACGAUUACCAUUCACACCAAUUGAGCGAUCACACCGCCUGUCCCCACGCUUUCCUGGUGCCAUCACCACACCCACGGCGACCGCAGGCACGGGGGCCGCGGCCCCUCUUCCCGGAGAGCAGGCGGCCACCGUCCAGCCAAGCAGCUGCACUGUCGCCAGGACACACGCGGUCACCGCUGGUGGGUUUUAAAAAUAUAUUUUUAUUGAUUUCAGAGAGGAAGGGAGAGGGAGAGAGAAACAUCGAUGAUGAGAG